AUGGAGACCAGUCUCAACUACACGAAGGUUUCUGCACUUAUGGGACUUUACCGCAUCAAAGUGAAGAGUGGUAUGUCAGAGAACUUCUUCGACCAGCUUCUGAUGCUAGUUCAUGACAUGCUACCUGAGAACAACGUGCUUCCUAAGUCGACUGAUGAGAUGAAGAAGUUCUUGAAGGUUUUUGGUUUUGGUUAUGAUCUCAUUCAUGCCUGCAAGAAUGACUGCAUCCUUUUUCGGAAAGAGUAUGAGGAUCUGGUCAGUUGUCCGAGGUGUAAGGGUUCAAGAUGGGAAAGAGACAAGCACACUGGUGAGGAGAAAAAAGGGAUCCCUGCAAAAGUGUUAAGGUAUUUUCCCAUCAAAGACAGAUUUAAAAGGAUGUAUAGGUCGAAACGAUUAGCUGAGGAGUUGCGUUGGCAUUUCACUAAUGCUACUGAAGAUGGUACAAUGAGGCAUCCUGUUGACUCAUUGACUUGGCUUCAAGUGAACGACAAAUGGCCAGAGUUUGCAGCUGAAGCGAGAAACCUGAGACUAGGUCUCUCUACUGAUGGGAUGAAUCCUUUCUCUAUUCAGAACACCAAGUACAGUACAUGGCCGAUUUUGCUUGUGAAUUACAACAUGGCUCCAACGAAAUGUAUGAAGGCUGAGAAUAUGAUGCUGACUAUGUUGAUUCCCGGACCAACAGCACCAAGCAAUAACAUAAACGUCUACUUACAGCCACUGAUAGACGAUCUCAAAGAUUUAUGGAGUGAAGGUAUGGAAAUUUAUGAUGCAUUUUUGAAAGAGAGAUUUACACUUAAAGCUAUGUUGUUGUGGAGCAUCACUGAUUUACACAAGGACUGGCUAUUGAGUACACUUUGA